UUGCGCUAUCGAUAUUUCUCCCAACCCUACACUGCCGUAGGCUGGUUUUGACGAGUCAUUUUCCCAUUUUUAAAAUUAAUAAAGUCUGAAAAGAUAUGCCGUACACAAUAGACGUACUUAUGACUGAGAAGGACGAAGUCUGCGAUUUCAAGCCGAAAGAUGCGCACAGCUCUUUGGAUGAAUUGGACAUUGAUGAUUUGUAUGUGCGUUAUAAGAAACUUCAAAGAACCUUGGAGUUCAUAGAGGUGCAGGAGGAGUACAUCAAGGAUGAGCAGCGUAAUCUAAAGAAGGAAUAUCUACAUGCCCAGGAGGAGGUGAAGCGCAUACAGUCGGUUCCGCUGGUGAUUGGGCAAUUCCUGGAGGCGGUCGAUCAGAACACUGGUAUUGUUGGCUCCACAACCGGGUCUAAUUACUAUGUUCGCAUCCUGUCCACUAUCGACCGUGAGUUGCUAAAGCCAUCGGCUUCCGUGGCGCUGCACAAGCACAGCAACGCCUUGGUAGAUGUGCUGCCACCCGAGGCGGAUAGUUCUAUAUCAAUGCUACAGCCCGACGAGAAGCCCGACGUAAGCUACGCCGAUAUUGGUGGCAUGGACAUGCAAAAGCAGGAGAUUCGAGAGGCAGUCGAGCUACCCCUCACCCACUUCGAGCUGUACAAACAGAUCGGCAUCGAUCCCCCCCGCGGUGUCCUCAUGUACGGACCGCCUGGCUGUGGCAAGACCAUGCUUGCUAAGGCCGUGGCUCACCACACUACCGCCUCCUUUAUUCGUGUGGUCGGAUCAGAAUUCGUGCAGAAGUACCUCGGCGAAGGUCCGCGCAUGGUGCGCGAUGUCUUCCGGCUGGCCAAGGAAAACGCUCCAGCUAUUAUAUUCAUUGAUGAGAUCGACGCGAUUGCAACCAAGCGUUUCGAUGCCCAGACCGGGGCCGAUCGCGAGGUCCAGCGCAUAUUGCUGGAGCUCCUAAACCAGAUGGAUGGCUUUGACCAGACCACCAAUGUGAAGGUGAUCAUGGCCACAAAUCGCGCCGACACCCUGGAUCCUGCUCUGCUGCGGCCCGGACGCCUCGAUCGAAAGAUCGAGUUCCCGCUCCCCGAUCGCCGCCAGAAGCGUUUGGUAUUCUCCACAAUCACCUCCAAGAUGAACCUCAGCGAGGAUGUCGAUCUGGAGGAGUUCGUUGCUCGACCGGACAAGAUCUCUGGUGCCGACAUAAACGCCAUCUGCCAGGAGGCGGGUAUGCACGCGGUGCGUGAAAAUCGUUACAUCGUUCUUGCCAAAGACUUCGAGAAGGGCUACAAGAACAACAUCAAGAAGGACGAACAGGAGCACGAGUUUUACAAGUAGAUUUCAAUUAGGACCCGCACCUCCCCCUCCAGCACUAUCUUAUCCAAAACUCUUCAUACCUACCACAUCUACCUAAAAAUAAUAAUGUAUCAGUAAUAAACAGGACUUGUUUCUAUUGCCAUUC